GAGACGCAUAUCCGAGCAGCUACUCAACUACUGGUCAUUGAAGUUAGAAUCAUUCAGUAGAUAUUACCAUUGCGAGUCAGUUAGAAAGGUAAUCAUAAGUAAGUUAACACUAUAAGAGGUCAGACAGACUGAAUUAGUUGAUUAAUUGAUUGAUUGGGGUAAUCAUUGAUAUUCGGUACAGUUAGUUAAGAUGGCCAGCUACAUCAACAAACAGGUGAUUGAAUUAAACAAAGUUACUGAAGAAAACCGGAACAGAGCAACAAGGAGCGUGAAGACUGACACCCAUCUCUCAGGACCUGAGGAUUCAGGGAGAAGACUCUACAGGAUGGUUGCUGUGAGCUUUGGGAUGCUGUGUGUUCUACAAGUCACGCUCAACAUCUCUCUGAGACUAGUCUAUAACAGAGGCAUGGGAGAUAAAACCAAUGUGACUGCAGAGAAAGACCAGCUACAGACCAGUUGUAAUACCCUGGCUAAAGAGAAAGGCCAGCUACAGACCAGUUACAACACCCUGGCUAAAGAGAAAGGCCAGCUACAGACCAGUUACAACACCCUGGUUGAAGAGAAAAUCCAGCUACAGACCAGUUACAACACCCUGGCUAAAGAGAAAGGCCAGCUACAGACCAGUUACAACACCCUGGUUGAAGAGAAAAUCCAGCUACAGACCAGUUACAACACCCUGGUUGAAGAGAAAAUCCAGCUACAGACCAGUUACAACACCCUGGCUAAAGAGAAAGGCCAGCUACAGACCAGUUACAACACCCUGGUUGAAGAGAAAAUCCAGCUACAGACCAGUUACAACACCCUGGCUAAAGAGAAAGGCCAGCUACAGACCAGUUACAACACCCUGGUUAAAGAGAAAGACCAGCUACAGACCAGUUACAACACCCUGACUGAAGAGAGAGACCAACAAAAGAGGGAGAACAAUGAUCUCAUGGCAAAGUUCUCUAAUCUGAAACAAACCUGUCCUAAAGGCUGGCAGAAGUUUGGAUCCAGUUGGUACUUCAUCUCUACUGAGACUAAAACCUGGAGGGAGAGUAGCCAGGACUGUCUGGAGAGAGGAGCAGGCCUGGUCAUCAUAAACAGUGAUAAGGAACAGGAGUUUCUCUUUGGCCUCAAUAAGAGAGCCUGGAUUGGUCUGACUGACUCUGUUACUGAGGGGACCUGGAAAUGGGUGGACGGCACACCACUGACCACCCCAAGUUACUGGUACCCACAGCAGCCUGAUAAUGGUGGUGACAACCCAGCAAAUGGGGAGGAGGACUGUGUUGAGCUGAACACAGAAACAAGGCUUCCUGUAAAGGCAUGGAAUGACCAAUCAUGUUUAGACAAUCGUCACUGGAUUUGUGAGAAAGUGGUUUAACAAAACCAUGACAACAGAGGAGGCUGGUGGUGGGAGGACAGCCACACAUAAAGCACCCUACAGUGCAUCUAUCUCUCUCUCUCUCUCUCUCUCUCUCUCGCUCUCUCAUAGCAUUGCUAAUGCAUGUAGGCUGAACAUCUCUCUGUAAUCUGUAAAAUAAUUGUUUUAAGUAGAAACAUGUUAUGUGAUUUGCCAAAGCUUGUGCUUUUUUCAUGAUAAAUUAUUAGCAUAAAUCUCUCUAAUAAGAAGAUGAUCUAAGGCUCAGAUUAAGUAAGAAAGGAACAAUGUCCUAGCAGGUUUACCAGCUUCCUGAUUUAAUGUGAUUGGAUCGUUAAAACAAUGAGACUUGCAGUUGGACACAGACGGACGGCAAAACAGUACUGAGAGGAUACAAGCUGGACGCAGGCAGACACACACACAGGCAGACGUGGGAAGUCCCCCUUUUCUGAUUAAGAUGCAGACGUAGAUUUCCCACACACACCUCUGAAUAACUCUUCACACUGAUGUCACACACAGACAGCAUAGAUUAAAGAAAAGGCCCAUAUAUAAUAAUAUGCCAUUUAGCAGACGCUUUUA